AUGGAGCAAGGGAGUACCUUCGAUCUGUACAACCUCCCCAAAGAUUGUUUUUGGAACAUUCUAUAUGUAAUCCUCACAUCUCCUCGAGAUGCGUGCAGGUUAUCGUUUGUCUCUACGGUUUUUCGAUCGGUGGCUGAUUCUGACUUGGUGUGGGAGAGGUUCUUUCCCCCCGAUAUCCAGCAGAUCCUCUCGUCGUCGGUGUCUCCGUUCCCGGCGACUUACUCGUCUAAGAAGGAGCUUUUUCUCCAUGUCUGCAAUAAUCCCUUUCUCAUCGACAGAGGCACAAAGACCUUCGCUUUGGAGAAAUGCAGUGGGAAGAAGUGUUAUAUGAUUGGAGCAAGAGAGCUUUGCAUUAUCUGGAGUAAUACCCCAAGGUAUUGGACAUGGCGACCUCUUCCUGAAUCCAGGUUUUCAGAGGUGGCUGAGCUCUUGGAAGUGUGUUGGCUCGAAAUUAUUUGCAGGAUGGAGACACGACUGCUGUCUCCAAACACAACAUACGGAGCUUACUUGGUGUUCAUGUUCACGGAGAGGGCCUACGGAUUCGUGAAUCAGCUUGUAGAAGUUUCAGUCAAAUUGGCCGGUGGUGGUAAUGAAGAGGGAGAAGUGACAACCAAAAGAAAGUCUGUGUAUUUGGAUCCUGAAGAGAGACAAAGGGAGCAGGAAGGACAAGUACCAAAGGAGAGAGGGGAUGGGCACUGGAUGGAGAUAGAGAUGGGUGAGUUCUUCAUCAAUGAAAUUAGUGGUGGUGAGGAUGGGGUCGUAGAGAUGAUUCUCAAGGAGGUUAAGGAUCUCAACUGGAAGUCUGGACUCAUCAUUCAAGGCAUUGAGCUCAGGCCCAAAGAGAAUUAAUGAAUCGAUAUGAGCAUCUUUGAUUGUGUUGGUCUUACUUUCCUGAUAGA